AUGGCUUGCACCGCGAACAACGGAACCCCAGCGAUUCAACUCAGCUUCAUCGUCUACCAGCCCCAGCGACUCCAGCUCACAAAGAAACCACCAUGGACCUGCGGUGCCGGAUCUGACCCCCUUGAUGGCUUGAUUAACCCGGAGACGUUGGGGAGUUGGAAUACAGAGAAUUGCGCCCUUUUCCAGUCGUCGGUGGAUAAUUUGGAUAUGUUCAGCCAUGUGGUUGAUUUUCCGAUGCCGUCGCAGUCUUCCACAAGUGCCAGUCAUGAUUUGGGGGGUGGUUCUCUAGAGGGAAGACAGCAAAGACUUGUUCAGUCAUCCGACAACGGUCCGAUAUCUCAAGAAUUCCAGUCUCUGCCGACUCCUUUGCCUCAGCUCAACACAUCGACUCCUUCUCCCAACUCAUCCGGCUCAACGUCCUCCAAGCCAAAGCCCUCGCGUAUAGAGAAACGCGAAAGCAAUACCCUCGCUGCGCGUCGCUAUCGUCAACGACGGGUCGACCAGGUGAAGAAUCUUGAAGCGGAACUCGAGAAGACCAAGCAGGAGCGAGACGAGUUGCGGAUCCGGGUCUCGAAGUUGGAGGGGGAGACGGAGGCUCUCAGAAGUCUUGUUCGGAAGUAG